UCUUGAGGAGGCAAGCCAGCUAGCACAGCAGAUUUAGUCCGGCAAGAAGACGCACGGGCUGGUGGUAAAUUUUUUUAAGACGAGGGUUUUAGAAUCGACGUGGGACAGUUUAUUGUGAGUGCACAGUUGCUGAACACCACUCAAAACUGGGUGUGAUUCGGUGUGAUUUUCAGUAGUGGCUAGUGAAACGACGGGAUGACGGGCUCGGCACGUCUGAGACCCGUUGUCGUGGUGGGCCUCAUACUUGCUCUUCUAGCUGUCGCCUUACGGGAAGUGCAAGGUGAUGAUCAGCUGGAUGUAUCUGAAGUUCAGUGCCGACCUUUUAUCGAAAAAGCUUUGAAAGAUCUUGGAACAGGUAAUGUUGAAGAAGGCAGUAGAGAAGAUGAUGGACAAGGUAGUGAUCAGGGAGGAAGUUAUGAACAAGUUCAAGGGAGUAAUGAAGAACAAAGUGAUGGAAAAGAAGAUGAUAAAAGUGAUGGCCAGAGUGGAGAGCAAACUGAUGGUCUAAGUGGAGAACAAAUUGAAGCAACUGAUGGCCAAAGUGAAGAAAAAUCUGAUGUAGGUGAUGGUCAAAGUGAAGAAAAAUCUGAUGUAGGUGAUGGCCAAAGUGAAGAAGAAAAAGCUGAUGUAGUUGAUGUUCAAAGUGAAGAAGAAAUAACUGAUGGUAAAAGUGAAGAAGAAAAAGCUGAUGGUCAAAGUGAAGAAGAAAUAACUGAUGGUAAAAGUGAAGAAGAAGUAACUGAUGGUAAAAGUGAAGAAGAAAAAGCUGAUGGCCAGAGUGGAGAAACUCAAGAAGUUCAAGAUCAAGCUGAUGAACCUGAUCAGAAAGAAGGAAGUGAAGAAAGUACGACAGAAAUACCUGAAUCUGGUGAACAAAGUGAAGAUAAUAAGGAGUCAUUAGAACAGAGUACUGAAAAAUCUGACGAGCCUGAACAAGAGUCUAAAGAAGCUGAUAAAGCAGAUGAAAGUCAGGAAAAUACUGAAAGAGAAACUACCGAAAUCGAGAAGGACGAAACUGCAGAAAAAUCUGACGAGGUUGUAGAACCGGCUGACGAAAUCGAUUCAAAAGAAACUGACCAAGAAAAUACAGAGGAAAAUAAAUCCGAGGAGACUGGUGAUGCUGAAAAGAGUGAAGAAGUAGGUGAACAAGAUAAAACUGAGGAAAUCGUUGCCGAGUCUGGAGAAACUGGGGAAACUAAGGAAGAAGUUGAUGCUACUGGAGAAGCUAAGAGUGAAGAAGUUGGGAGUGGAGAAGCUAGCGCAGAAGAUACUAAAGAGAAUCAAUCUGUAGAGGAGGUCGUCGAGUCUGAAGAAGCUAAAGUUUCUGAAGCUGAGAAAAGCGAUGAGAAUACAGUUGAGGAAGGAAGCGAAGAAAAGAAAGAAAGUGAGGAAAAGGGUGAAGAAAACGAAGUGGUAUCACGCGAGAAACGGGAUGUAGGAGAAGAAAGCGCUGAAGGCGAGCAAGAAAAGUCAGAGGAAGAAGCUGCUCAAGGCUCUACUGAAGAUGGUGAAGAACCAUCUCCUGAAGAAGACUUGAUCCAAGAAAUAGAGAUCCCUGAAAAUCUGAGGUCUCGUGAUCACAUUAACCAGAUCUUGAGGCUGGACCAAGAAAAUGAAGAAAAAGAAGCGGCUAUUGCUAAAGCCGCUGAUGUUGUUCUCAAAGAGUUGAAGCGGUUGUAUGACACAGCUAUUCAACCGUUGGAAACUCUGUACAAGUACCGAGAUCUCAGUAAUCGUCACUUUGGAGAUCCAGAGAUAUUCUCAAAGCCACUGAUUCUCUUUAUGGGCCCAUGGAGUGGUGGAAAAUCUUCCAUUAUUAAUUAUCUCCUUGAUAAUGAGUACAAGACCACCGCACUCAGAACUGGCGGUUCGCAAGAGUGCUCUGAAGAGUCUUGCGAAUCGCCAACUCAAACUGAUCCAGGAGCGGAGCCAUCACCGGCGUACUUUAACAUUGUCAUGCACGGAGAGGAAGAAGAAGUGUUGGAUGGAACUCAGUUGGCUGCCGACUGGACCUUCUCUGGUCUUCAGAAGUUCGGGCAAGGACUCCUGGACCGCUUGAGAGGCUUGAAGCUCAACAAUAAAUUAUUGGAAAAGGUGAACAUCGUUGAGAUUCCAGGAAUUUUGGAGAUCAGAAAGCAAGUACAGAGACUCUUUCCGUUCAACGAUGCCUGCCAGUGGUUCAUUGACAGAGCAGAUAUCAUUUUCUUGGUCUACGAUCCGUCUAAAUUGGACGUUGGGCCAGAAACUGAGGCAAUUUUGGAUCAACUUAAAGGACGAGAGUACCAAACAAGGAUUGUUCUCAACAAAGCUGACCAAGUGAAGCCAGAAGAACUGAUGAGGGUCCAAGGCGCUCUGAUAUGGAACAUAUCUCCUCUAAUGUCAAGCGCAGAGCCGCCUAUCAUGUACUCCACAUCUCUUUGGUCUAUGCCAUACGAAGUUGGCGCUCCAACUCGUCUUCUCUACGCCCAAGAACGCGCAUUUUUGAGGGACUUGCGAUCGGCCAUCGACAAAAGAGUCGAGCACAAAAUCGCCAGCGCGAGAAGAUUUGCCGUGAGAGUUCGUAAUCACGCAAAGAUGGUGGACUGCUACUUAACGACCUACUACAACCACAAGACCUUCUUCGGUAGCAAAAAAGACAUAAGCGACAGAAUAAUCGAAAACCCUCAAGAGUAUCACAUCUACGAAGGACUUAGCACACUGACAAAUAUCUCCCGAUAUGAUUUGCCAGAUCCAGACGUGUACCGCGACUUCUUCCGGCUGAACCAGCUGUAUGACUUCCCGCUGCUGAGUUCAACGUGCACGUACUUCCGUGGGUGUCCCAUCAACAGGCUCGACGUGGCCAUUGCUUACGACUUGCCCGAGCUAGUCGGAAAAUACAAGAAGGCUGUUGAAGCAGCAGUACACGAAGACGACAAGCCUCCAGCAAGUUGAAGGAGUUUUUAAGUAAAGUGCGAUUAUUCGCAAGAAAAAUUCGGGCUCGACUUUUGAACUCUUAAAUUAACAAAGCCCUAAUUAACAAACAAAUGAAAAAAGAAUGAAAGAGUUUAAGUUAAA